CUGAUUGCGUUCGCGAAGUCGAGAAGCGUUUCAGCCAGAAUUUCAACUUCUUUUGGUGUUCACCAUGACGCAGGGUGGGGCUGGGGAUGGCCGAGAAUCUCGCUCAGUAAAAAUCGAAGACCUUCCGAAUUACUACAACUCUUCAGCUUUAUUUUAACUUACGUUGGUAUGAAGCGUAAAGUUGAAGCUUCCGGUUCCUCUGUUAAUGAAAUGACAAGAGCCGACGACUCUCCUUCCCCUCCCGCCCCACGACGUCGAAUCCGUACGAUGAGCGGCUCGAAGUCGGAACACCACCUACUAACCACUAAAACAGGACGAAAAAUUUACACCAAGGGACGUCCGCCAUGGUACGAUAAGAAAGGAAAAAACCUGAAGCAGCCUUAUGUUAUCGGUAUUUGUGGUGGCUCAGCUAGCGGGAAAACCACGGUGGCCGACAAAAUUAUUGAAAAGCUCGAAAUCCCAUGGGUCACUGUACUCAGUAUGGAUAGCUUCUACAAAGUCCUCGAUGAGGAGCAACAUCGUCAAGCCGAACUAUCGAAUUAUAACUUCGAUCAUCCAAACGCUUUCGACUUCGAUCUGCUUUUUGACGUUCUCUCCCGUCUUCGUGAAGGUAAAAGUACCGAAGUCCCUGUUUAUGAUUUCACCAGUCAUUCUCGCGACAACAAUCCAAAGGUAAUGUAUGGUGCUGAUGUACUCAUUUUCGAAGGAAUCUUAGCUUUUCACAGACCUGAUAUUUGUGACAUGAUGGACAUGAGAGUUUUUGUUGAUACUGAUGGUGAUCUUCGUCUUGCACGCCGUCUCAACCGCGAUAUCAACGAGCGAGGACGGGACGUUGCGGGUGUUUUAGAUCAGUACUUCCGUUUCGUGAAACCUGCUUUCGAAGCUUACAUUGCUCCGGGAAUGAAAGCUGCAGACAUCAUCGUUCCUCGCGGGGGAGACAAUGAUGUAGCUAUCAAUCUGAUUGCUAAGCAAGUCAUGACUCAGCUUAUCAAGAGAGGGUAUGAUGAAACUGCUCACAAACCUUGUCGUCAAGAGCUUGUCAGUGCUGCCUGUCUCCCAGACGAGUUGCCUGAUAACCUAGUUAUUAUUAAGGAGACUCCUCAAGUUCGAGGAUUGCACACUUUCAUUCGUGACAAGAACACUAAGAGGGAUGAAAUCAUUUUCUAUUCUGAGAGACUGACGCGUAUCCUCAUUGAGGAAGCCAUGAAUUUCAUGCCAUACUGUAACUUCGAUUACGAGUUGGGCACCGGUCAAAAAUUAACUGGCAAGCGCAAGGCUGCUGAAAUCUGUGGAGUGGCCAUAAUGCGUGCUGGAGAGACUAUGGAAAACUCUCUCCGAGCCAUUGUGAAGGAUUGCAAGAUGGGUAAAAUCCUUAUUCAAACCAAUGAACAAACGUUGGAGCCUGAGCUUUAUUAUUUACGUUUACCAAAAGAUAUUCACAAUUAUAAAGUUUUAUUGAUGGAUGCCACUGUAGCAACAGGAGCAGCGGCUAUGAUGGCUAUCCGUAUAUUGUUGGACCAUGACGUCCCUGAGGAAAAUAUUUAUCUUUUGUCUCUUCUGAUGUCAGAGCCUGGAGUACAUGCCUUGGCAUAUGCUUUCCCCAAGGUUCGUUUAAUUACCACAGCUGUUGAUAAACUGCUGUCGGAUAAUUUCUACGUUAUGCCUGGAAUGGGUAACUUUGGUGACCGUUAUUACGGAACUUGUCUUAGUGAUGAUGAUGGCGAAGAGCCAUUUGACACCUGA